AAACCACCGGAUGUGACGUUUAGGACAAAAAUGCGUCCGUUUUUUCAGGUUGACAUGGUUUUUAGGUGAUAAACAAAACUUUCAAUAACUCAUUUCCGCACUUUUUUCGGUCUUUUGUGUUAAUCGAUACGUAUUUGUUUAAAAUGUCACUUUUAAAGGUCUCCGUUGGUGAGCGCCUGUAACAAUGUGAAGCUAGCUCACAUUAGCCAUCAGCGCUAGCAGUGCUGCUGUCUUUUGGGAAAUGUCCUCCUGUUUAUCUGAAGAAAAUGAAGAGAAAAGUGUCCAAACUGAGACUGAGCCCCAACGAAGAGGCUCGCAUUAUACGAGAGGAAUGCGAAAGGAGGAGGAAACUGCGAAUACAGCAGGUACGGGAGCAGCAGCGGCACUUUGCACAGCAGAUCUGCCGAGAGGUUGAGCAGAAACAGCAGCAGGAACUGAAACAGCUGGAGGAGGAGCUGAGGCUGGACUGGGAGCGACAGCAGAGGGAGAAACUCCAUAAACUGGAGAGGUUAUACCAGGAGAGCCUCCAGCUUCUUGGUCAGGGGCACCGGAGUGCAAAGGAAAAUGAACCCGACCUGGCGGCCAUCGCUCAGAGGGAGGAGGAAAAUCACGCCAAAGCAGAGGAGCGUUAUCGAGAAGCCCUGAAGGAGCUGAAAUCACAGAAGAUUAAAAACCAUGAGAGACAAAACCAAUUCAUCAGUGCCAGGAAAAAGGCUCUGCAGGCAGAGAAGGAAAGAUCAGCAAAGGUGUCCAGCCUCCCACCGCCUCCCCCAAACCCCAUUCAGAGCAUCAAUCCCAAGAAGCCACAUGUAGUAAAGAGAUCUGAUGUGAGCGCCUUCGCUGCCACUCAUUACCACAUGCCAGAAAGUGCAGUGGACAGAGAGCUGGACACAGAGCAGCCUAACGCCCGUGAAGAAGCUGAGCUGGAGGUGAAGAGACUGCAUGACCUCCAGAGGGAGGAGAAGAGGAGGAGGGAGGAGCAGCUGGAGAAAGCUCGUCUCAGGGGGAGGGAGGCUCUGAGGAGGGAACAGCUUGUUCAGGAUCGUGAGCGUUUGAUGGUUGAACUGGAGCACAUGCAGCAGACGGACCUGCUGAGGAGGAGACAGCAGGUGUCACAGAUGCCUCCUCAGAUCUUCCAGCCUCUCUACAAGAGGCAGGAGACGAGGGAGGACUUCCAGAGGGAGAUGGAGUUUGCCUUUGAGGACAUGUACACCGGAGAGAGGAGAGUUAAAGGAGACUUGGUGGUCCGGCUGGUGCCUGAACCUCUUCCAGCUCCGUCUACAGGAACCCAGGACCAGGAACUGGAUGUUACACUGGAUGAAAUAAACACACAACAUGACACUGAGGAGGACGCUGGCAGCACUGAGCAGGAAACAUCUGCUGAAGCGGAGCCGUCCAGACCUGCUCCUCGACGGGCGUUGAAGAAACUCCUGGAUCGCAUCAGGAAUCAGAGGAACCAGUGGACCAGCAGCAGCCGAGUCCCUGCAGCCGAUUCACCGACCGUCAUCUCAGACCAGAUCCCAGAGCGAGACACGUCCAUCGAAACAGGAUCUCUGACCGCCGAGGAGAAGGACAAACCUUCAGAGCCCCGUGAACUCUCUCCACCUGCUGCAACAGACGCUUCACUCUCUGAUGUUUUGGCCGACAGAAUCCAAGAAUUUGAAGAAGAAAGAAAGAAACGGGAAGAAGAGCUGGAGAGGGAGAAGCAGCAGCAGGUGGUUUUGCUGCAGGAGUUGGAGGAGCAGAAGAGCAAACUGGAGCAGCUGCUGCUGGAAGCUCAGCAGGAGAGAGAAGAUCUGAAGGCAGCUGUGGCCCAGAAAGAACCCGUUUACCCGCCAGAAGUGCCUGUACGGGAUGAGGAAGUCACUCCUGGAGUAGCCACUGAGCUGAUACCUCCUGCAGGUGAAGAUGAACACACCAGAAGGAUUAGAGAAUACCAGCAGCGGCUGUUGGAACAAAACAGAAUUCAUCAGAGGUCAAUGGAAGUUGCUCGCCAGCGUCUGGAGGAAUACCAGCGAGCUCUACGAAUCCGUUACAACAUGACCUCCACGUCGCUGCAGCCUCCCAUCGUACCUCCAGGUUUCGUUCAAUCUCCUCUUCACAGUCCUCCAGCUCCUCUACAAACCCCUACAGCUCCUGCAUACCUUCAUGAUGAACCACAAACCUCUGUGGAAGCUAACACCAGACAGCCUGACACGUCGGCCUUACAUCUCCAUCGUCCUGGUUCCAGUUUGAGCGUCGGCUCCAGGCUGCCGCUGGAUGAAGUGGAGUCGUUCAGUCACAGGCAGCAGAGACCAGACGUCACCACCUGGCUGACCGAUAACAUCAUGGAGAGAGUAACAGAGCACCUUCCAGAGAGACUGAAGUCCCCCUCAGCCUCCAAAGAGACGAGCAAACUGUACACGACACGUCUCUCAACCAGCUUCCCACUCCGGCCUGAUCCCAUUCAAACCAGUAACCAGAGCUUCAGAGACCCUCAGCGUGUCGCGACACCACAGAUCUCCCAGCAGACCGAGUCCCUGAGCUCCACAGAGGACGACGUGGAGACGGAGAGACGACAGCUGCAGGAGGUCCAGAGGCGGAUGUUGGAGCAGAGGGAGGCGGUGAAGCUGCAGCAGAAACAACAAGAAGAGCAGAGACAGCGCCACCAGGUGGAGAUGGAGCAGAUGAGGAGACAGAAGGAGGCGCUGCAGGCUCUCAUUCAAACCGAUGAAGAGCCAGCUUCAGAAACCGCCAGUGACGAGUUGGUUUCACAGAACAUCAAGGAAAGUCGCCUCAGGUUACUCGCAUCUCUGCUGAGGGCGAUAGAAGAAUCCAACGGAGGAACUUUAUCACACCUAGAAGACUCUCAGGAGAAAGAGGACUCUCCUCAAAAGCUGCCAUCUGAUGGUGGAGAGACAGCUCCCAUUGGUCAGAUCAGUGCUCCCUCUGUUCCCGGCCCAGCCUCAGUCCUCCCCACAGGACUCCUCCAUCCUCCUCGAGCAGCGAAGCCUCCGGUCACUCGGGUCCGACUGGGCUUCAUGGAAAUGACAGAACAGCACGAGCUCAGCGCCAUUCAAGAGGUGGAGAGUCCAGUCGACACCAGCCACGUCACAGGUUUGGAGGAUAGCAUGGCGGCUCCUUCACAGACUGAACCCUGGAGUCUGCAGCAGGAAUCAGAGUCUCAUCUGGCCUCUGAUCAAACAUCUUCUACCUCCAGCUCAGAAACGUCCAGCCAUCUCAUGUGGAGGAAGAAGCUGCUGAUGGAGGCAGGAACUUCUCCAGAACCCUCAGAUUCUGAGUCAGUCCAGAGAAUAAUCUCACCGCUUUCCUCCGACUCUGGAAGAGGAGCAGACGUCUCUGGUCCAGCAGCUACCAGCUACAGAUCUACAGCAGAGUCUCCACAUCGGUCUCCUGGGUCCUACUGCUUCUCCACCAGCAUCUCCACCGGCAGCUACGUCACCAGCGACCCCGAGCAGAACGCCGACUCUGAUAAAUCUCUGCCUCUCAGACGACAAAGUGAAGCUGCUUUACACGACGUCUCGUCUCCAGCCGCUCAAAGUGUGAAGGAAAGUUCAGCUGCAGGUUCUCCUGGUCAGGACGGAGACUCUGUGUUUGACGACAGCAGCAUCCAGCGGAUUAUAGACAAGUACAUGAAGGAGCUCAACAUCUCCCUCAGCACUGCAGGGAGAACCACAGACAGUGAAGGAUCAUACACGGAGGAAGCUGCUUCUUCAGUUUCUCAGCCGUCUUUGGUUCGAUUCUCGGCCAGCAGACGGGAGGAUGGAAACUCUACGAGUCGACAGUUUCUGCUGUCAGACCCAGCAGGAGCUCAGAGGAGCAGACUGGAGCUGGAGAACCCAGUCGACGCCACCCCGUCUCUGGCCGAUGACCACGACUCUUUCCGGCCUCUGAUUGGCCAGCUGGCGGAGCUCUCUUCCUGCCUCGCUGCUCCUCAGAGGGACUCGGCUCUGGAGCAGCUGGUCGGUCAUCCGUCGGCUCAGUCGUCGGCGAUCGGUCACCUGCCGGGUCUGUCGCCAAGCGUCGGUGGAUGGGACUCAACUCUGAGCCGCAUGAUUGGUCGCCUGUCCCACCAGCCGAGCUCUGAUUGGCCGAGCGGCGGGCAGGAGUUACUGCUGAUGGGUCAGACGGAGCCGUCGUGGUUGGAAGAAGCUGUGGAGGAGGGUCAGAUGAGGCCUCUGGUUGGAGAGCUGGACGAGUCUGCUGUUACAGAAACAGGCAGCGAAAGAAGCCACGAGGCGCUCGGUGUCCAACCUGAGGUCCCUUCACACCACGACACCUCAUCGCACAUCAUCAGCUCUGAUCCAGGUGUGGAGCAGACGAGGCAGAACCGAAGCAGUGUGGUGGACAUGAGCUCACAGAGGGCUGAGGAUUCUUUCCACCCGCUGCUGCCUGAGGUCACCCACAAUGAAACAUUAGACCCCUCCAUGACCUUCCGCCUGCCUUCCUCUCCUGAAGGACGUCCAGCUAGCGGACAACACAGCGCUUCUGAUCGUUCUACAGACUCUGAACCUCGGGCUAACCUUUCCAUUGGGUCCGAUCCGUCACCAGAGCGUCUUCGAGCGGAGGAGCCGACCGGACACUCGGCUUCAUCUCCUGCUCUGCACGAAUCCUUCUCCCAGCUCGUUACCUCCCAGUCUCAGCCCCAUGAGUCCGUCCUCACGGUGUCCCCCACAUGGACGGCAGACGUGCAGGAAACGGCUCAGAUUCUGUCACAUUUAACCGUGUGUGAUCUGUCGCAGCCAGAGGUGGAGAUUCCAGAAAGGCCUGAAGACUCAGUUUCAUCCAGUGAGCUGAAGCCUGAGCAGAACUUGAACGAUGCUGUUUCUGUUCCUGAUGACAUAUUGGAAGCUGCCCACAAAGAGAAGGGGAUCCUGGAGCAGUCGGAGAUAACUCUAGUGAGCCUGACGGACUCCACUCUGCAGGACCAGGACACCACCAUGACGGAGGGAGGCGGACCAGAAGGCCAAGAGAUGGAGGACUCAGAAUCUAUGUUGUUACCUGAGGACGACAGCCAAACACAUCCAGUAGUGACGGCCCUCCAGUUUCAGUGGGGUCCCAGCAGAGACCAGCAGGACGUUCACCAGCAGAAACUCCAAGUUCUGCUGCAGAGAUCCAACCGAAGGGUCGAAGAAAUCAAAGCCAAAGCAGCUCUCACCAAGACUCAACCAGCAGUCAAAGCUCCAUGUGAAGGCAGAGAACGGCCUAAAGCUGAUAAAGCUCCACCAGCCGCCUGUAAAGCAAAAACUAAGUCAGAAGUUCAGCUCAAAGCCGACAUGAAGUCAAAGGGAGGGCCAGCUGUGCUCCAAACCCAAGAGAAACCUGAGCUUAUCAAGCAGAAAACACCCCAGCUUCCUUCUGCAGUGAGCCGUUCUGCACACAAGAAGGUGGACGAGGUGAAAAUCUGCACUCCAGAGCAAAGAAAACGCAACAUCACCGAGAUGCACCAAAGAACUCAGAGACUCUACGAGCAGCUGGAGGAGGUGAAGCAGCAGAAAGCCGUCAGGAGCCGACAGGAAGACGGAGCAAAAAACAGACUGAAGGCCAAGGAGUUCCACAAGAAAACCUUACAGAAGCUUCGUGCCAAGCAGAGCCAACAGUGAACGUGUCCUAGUUUUACCUUUUUACUUUUAAUUUAGACGUUUUAUCAAUAAAGCUUUUAAGUUAUUUAAAUCAA